ACCCGUUCUGACAAUAUAUGUUUACAAAGCCAGUGAAUAUGCACAAACACUCGAUCUUGUGAAUGGGACUUCUACUUAUGCUUUGACGGGAUCAAUAUUCGCACAAGAUCGAUCAGCUAUUUUGCUUGCUGAAACCAAACUACGUUACUCAGCCGGCAAUUUUUACAUAAACGACAAAUGCACUGGCGCCGUUGUAGGACAGCAACCUUUUGGCGGGUCGCGUGCAUCCGGAACAAACGAUAAGGCGGGAAGCCGUGCUUUGCUGUAUCGAUUUGUAUCUAUGCGAUCAAUCAAAGAAAACUUUACUAAUUUGGAUGACUUUACGUAUCCUUCGAAUAAGC